AUGGAACGAUACCCUUAUUACCAAGCCGGCAGGCGGUCGUCUCCGCCGCUCGCAAACCCGGCCCGCGCCACAGUACCCGCCGGCGUCGGCUACGGCUCCAUGUAUGGCGGCGAGAUUCACGUCAUGCCCACCUCCCGCCACGAGUCGAGCCACAGUCGUGGCCACUCCACCAGUCACCGUCCCACAGUCGCGGUCCCGACGACCACGACCAAGUAUACGGUCAGGACGGACCCCGUCAACAGGAGCUCAAGCGUGCGAGAGGUCAGCCGCUCUCGCCGCUCCUCGACCAUGGACUCGGCCCACAAGAGGCCCAUCAUCGUCAUGACAGACGGUACUAGUGCAGAUCGGUCCGCCCGCUCGCCUACUCGGGAUCCCUACCGCUCGAGCGAGGAGAACCAGUAUUACAAGGUCACUCAACCCGCGUCAUCGAUGGCAUCACGCAGCCACACCCGGAGCUCGUACAGCGGCCAUGAUCACGCACCCUACAGUGCGACACUCGACAAUGACGAGCUAGCCAGGCUGAGAGACCGCCAAGAUGUUCGGCUGCCAAACCGGAGUCAUCGGCACAGCGAGACCAAAUACUCGCAGCCUCCGGCUCGCCAUAGUACGAGCUCGGUUGGGUAUGGGGCUGAAGGCUACGAAUACACUAAGCCGAGCGAUCUAGCACGGUACGACUUGGAACACGACCGACCUCCACGGAGGCGGCGGGAGAGUUUCGAUCGUGAAUACCAUCGCCCAUCGGUCAGUGUAGCAAGUGAUCUGUCCAGGACGUACGAACCCAGCCGGAGAGGCCCCCCGCCUACCAGCCGGGGCCUUGACAAGCUGAACAGGAGUGCAGCCGCCGGGAUCUACGACCCCCCGGAAGUCCGCAUGCCUUCGAUUCCACCGGGCGUCCCCGCUGCACCGCUUGCCGAGGCGAGACCUGGCCGCUCGAGCACGCUUGGAGUUCCGGAGAGCGCCGGCCCCCGAGAGAGGAGAAGCUCGUCUCGCCAGCGCCCUGCCUCGAUGUACCAGGAGACACUGCCGCGCUCGUCCCAUCACGAUGAUUACUACGUUGCUCGUGAGAACGAUCUCGUGCAGCGGGAGCUGCGUGAUCGUCGGACAGAAUACUACCCCAACGAUCAUUCUGCAGGGUCUCAUUCAUUUUCUGACCGGGUCGGGUCGCGCGGGUUCGGCCUCAGGGUCGAAGGCAGCGAGUUUGACGAGCCUCGGCGUGAGGCUGAGUACCGCGACUACGGCGACCGCAGGUCGAAGCGAGAUUCCCGCCAUGGCUCCGACUCGCGAGAUUAUAAGCGCAGAUCCGACGAGGAUCUGGAGCCACCUUCCCGGGACGAUCGCCUCGUGAUUGACGAGACUCGACCUCCCAGGGAGUCGCGCACACGAGUGGAUGAGCCGCGGGACCGGAAAGCGGACAAGGAUGCCGUACCCGUCGAUGAUGCUGAUGAGCCCAAGCGUCUCCGGGAUAAAGUUGCGGCCGGCAUAGGCAUUGCUGCCACUGCCAUUGGCAUCGGCGCCUCCGGGAAGGAGAAGGAGGAAAAAGACGAUAAGAAGGACAAGGACGAGAGGGACAGCAAAGAGCCCCCCCGCCGCCACAAAGAGGCUGUCGAUGACCGUCGUCGACACUCUGACGAGGUUGAUCCUCCUGCCGCUUUGCCCGAGAAAGAACGCCAUAAGCCACGCCGUAGAGAUCAUGAUGAGAACGACAGGCCAGAGCUUGACAUUGUCGAGCCACCCAGGCCAAGACCAGGUAGAGACUCGCCCGAAAGCGAUCUCGAGACCCGCGAGCGGGACCGCAGGCGGCGUGACGCCGAGGCCCGGCUUACGGGCGAGGCUGUCGAGGCAAGAGGCUCCUCAUCGUCAGAAGAAGGCAAGCCGAGGACGCGCAUCCGCCGCAAACGCGCAUCAGAUGCCUUCCGGCCCAACGACCCUGCUGACUUGAUGGACAUCAAGGCAAAGCUAGCGGCCAUGGAGGAGUCGUCGAAGACGGAAGCAGAGAGCGCGUACAAGGGGUCCAAACCAUCCAAGAGGGUUUCGGACAGUAGAACUGUCGCACGUGCUGCGUCUCCUGAUGGCGAGAGAAGAGCGCCGGCCUCGCCAACAAAGCGCGGAUCGCAGAACUCGGACCUUGGUCUCGCUCCGCCGCCUGAGGACGAUGUGCGAGGGCGGGAACUGGCCCUCGCCACCCCGGAAGAGAAGCAAGUCCGCGUGGUGUCGCCGCCCCGGGACUCGGACGAGAGGAAGCCGCUCAAGGGCAUCCUCAAGGCUCCGAGCUCCAAGUUCCCCGAGGAGGCAAACCCCAUCCGCGAGGGCGUCGCGCCGCACAAGGACGACAAGACCAAGGCCGAUGUUCCGCCUGGCGCCCGAUGGACCAAGAUCAGCAGGAAGCUGGUCAACCCCGAGGCCUUGACGAUUGGCAAAGAGCGCUUCGAGGUGCGCGACGACUUUGUGAUUGUGCUCCGCGUCCUGAGCAAGGAGGAGAUCCAGGGAUACACGACUGCCACGGCGCAGAUUCGAGAGAUGCGAACGCAGGACCAUGAAGACCGCAAGAAGGACCGGUCUCAUCGGCACCGUCGGGACCGGGGUGACGACGACGAUGAUGUGAGAGAUCGUGACCGCGAGAAGGAUAGAGAGCGCGAGCGUGAGAAGGACAAGGAGCGGGAGCGUGAACGAGACCGGGACCGUGACCGGGAACGGGAACGGGAGCGUGAUCGCGAUAGGGGCGAACGGGAUAGAGACCGGGAGCGGGAGCGGGAGCGGGACCGAGACCGGCACAGACGCCACCGGUACUCUGACGAGGAGGACGAAGUCCCGCGGUCGCUCGAGUAUCACGGGCACCACCACCGGUCGCACCGUGAGCGGGACCGCGAACGCGAUAGGGAGCCCAUCCCCGCCGAUGCUUGA